CCCCCUCAGCAGCGGAGCCGCGUCGUGAUGAGUGUCCGCGGGCAGAACAGCAGCCCGGUGCCGCGUCACAUCCCCUCCAUCCACUAACCGAGUCCUGCACGCGGCGCAGCGCGCUGUGAUCCGGUGCUUUGGCACACACAGCGAGCCUCUCUCUGGAGCUUUCUUUGCUCUGACACAUCCCUCCGAGGCUUCUCCCUCCGUCUUACCGGGGAUUUGAAACUUGAGCGACUUUCCGCCGCAGGCAGAGAACAAGAGGCGGACGCACGGAGAGGGUCGGUGCGGUGAAUGUAGCGGCGGGCUGCGUUCAGUCUGCGGGGCGCACAGCAGUGCCACCGAGAAGAGACGCACCAAGUCCCUUCCAACACCCCGAUCCCGCGGGAGUCCCGGACACCGCAAACAUGCUUUUCCUCGGGAUUGCUCUCUUCCUCUCAGGUGUGUUGCCAUCCUUGGCAACCAUCUUCCCCUUCCUUCCCCCACCGACUGACUGUGUUGAAGCUCACAAAGUGUGCUCAGCUGAACCCCAGUGUGAGGCGUUGUACCGUGGGUUGGAGCUCUGUGCAGCCGAGGCUGCGGUGUCCCCUCUCGGAGAGCAGGUGGCUGCAGAGUGUCUGGAGGGACAGGACGCUCUGCUGGCUAAACACCCGGCUCUCCUGGCCUGCAAGUGCCAGCGUGGAUUCCGCAAGGAGGAGCAGUGUCUGCGCAUCUACUGGAGGGUCCGUCUGAUGCCAGGUGAGGAUGAGUUGGAAAUGUCUCCCUAUGACGACACAAUGAUGGAUUCUCACAUGGCGUCCUUAGUGGCAGCCUCCUCCUACAUGCAGCUGGAUGGUGAGAACCAGUGCCUGAAGGCAGCACAGGACUGCGGCCUGUACGAGAAGUGUGGCGCCCUGCGGUCAGAGUACGUCCUGGCCUGCACCAAACGGGUUCCAUUGACCAGUCGGUGCAACCAGCACAAGUGCCACCGGGCCCUGCGCCGCUUCCUGGAGCGGGUGCCUGAGGAGUACAGCCUGGGGGUGCUGUUCUGCCCCUGCACCAACACACUGUGUGGGGAGAGGAGGAGGAAGACCAUCGUACCCUCCUGCUCGUACCAGGACAUGGACGGGCUGCAACCCAACUGCCUCCACCAGCAGAGCUUCUGCCGCCGAGACGACCUCUGCAGGUCCAGACUGGCUGAUUUCCUCAAUAACUGCCAGCCAUCUCCUCUGACGGCAAGCGGCUGUCUCAAAGACUCAGCGGGACUGUGCCUCCGAGCGUACGCCGGACUCAUCGGUACCGUCAUGACUCCCAACUACAUCAGCAACAGCUCUGCAGAAGUGUCUCUGUGGUGUAACUGUGAGGGCAGCGGCAACCAGUGGCAGGACUGUCUGAGGCUGCAACGCAUUUUCACACACAACCCCUGCCUGCGUAACUCUAUCAGUUGGAUGGGGAGCCCGGGCUCCCUGCCUGCAGACUUCACCCCCCCUCCAGCUCCCCGGCCCUCCCCGCUGGUUCAGGAGGAUGAGCUGCUGAACAACAACCACCUGCCUGAACACAACAACAUCGUGGUGGACCGUGAGGAAGAGGAGGAACUGACACAGAGAGAAGAGGAGGAGGGCGAUGAAGGUGGCCAGUUUGACGUUAUCCCACAGUACUCAGAGAGGGCCACCGUCUCCAACCUGGGCUCCACCGGGACAGGCGGGGCUGCAACCCUCACCACUGGCACCUCCAACGCCGUACUAAUGCUCCUCCUGCUCAUUUCUUCCUCCCUCAGUUGGGGGUAGGACAGAGGAUAUAGAGAACACACAUAUACACACACACGUACAUGCACACGCUCACAUAUGAUGGACCUUCCAACAACCCUGGACUGAUGGCUGUAAAUUGAUAGGAAACAUAGUGAAGACAUGGACUUCUCAUUCUGUCAGUAGCAUCCUCUUGAUUCCUCACUUCUGUUCUCUUUUUGUUCUUUUGAAAAUUGCACUUUGUUCAACGUGGUCUGACUGCAGCUGCCGUGGUGUAUUGAAGUCCUGUGAGCACAAGAGACCUAUCUGUGGUUGGUGUUCACAUGCUGCCAUCAACCAAUAAGCAUAAUGUAAAAAAAGAAGUUUAUUUGAGUGGCUAGCUCGGUUGUCAGUAACAAAAAACAUUAGCAGGCCAAGGUGUGUUAGCAAAAGAAAAAAUAUUGAGGGCAGCUGAAUAGAAAAUGCCAGCCUCCGAAUUUGAGUCAUCAGUAGUGAAAAUACAUUUCUGAUAGCAUAGACGUCUAUUUGCAGAAAAAAAACAAGUGUCCUCAAACUGUUGCCAAAAAUGACUGGCACAAAACAUAACCCUCACCCAACAUAUCAAAUACAGAAUAUUUACAUUAAGCCCGCAGAGUUAACGUCAGCUUUACCUUAUCAAGAGGCUACAAAUAUUUACCUAAAUAGAUAAAAAGUAAGAAGGCUACUUUUCCAUUUAUCUGUUGGCCGACAGUGUUAGCAGAGGAGGCAACGUUAGUCAUAUGAGAAAGAGAAUUAUCCCCAGUCAAUUCAACAGCCUUUCCUGUUCUUUCCAUCCUGCACUUCACUGUAAUACUGUACCAUGCUAAUGAAUUGCAUUAGGCUGCAAGCAUGUUGCGAACCAUUGUUAGCAUUAUGGGCUGUUAGCAUCACACAAACACUGCUUUUAUGAUGUUUCACACUGUUUGGGUCUUUAGUUUCAUUUGACUGUUCAUUAAUUGAUUUCAUAUAUCAAGUCAAUGUAACUGCUUAUUUCACCUGACUUUUAAUAACGAGCCCAUGCUGACUAGCUACAACUUUUCCGACAACAUAAUGAAACUGCUGGAUGUAAAGAAACAUCCUCCAAACCCUUAUAAUUGGC